AUGUUAACGAAGGCUGAUAUUUAUUUGCAUAAUCCCAAAGGUUCCAACAAUCGGCUGGCAGAAGAAUCUGUUGCAAGAGCAAACAAUCAGAGACUUUUUAAUUCCCAGAACAACAAUAAUGGAGGCUAUAAUACAGGGAGUGUUUAUUAUUACACAGGAUCUAAACUACAGGUUGAAUGGACCAGUCAACAUUCAUGCCAGCACCCUAAUAACAAUUGCGAAUUUAUCCUACAAUACAUGUGUCAUGAUUUGAUCAGAGAUGGGAAAAGUGUCAAGACUAUUCCAUUGGUUAACUCUGACAAAAACUUCCAGUUUGGUAUGCAUGAAAAUUGGAGACACUACAAAAACUGCUUAAUGAGAGAAAGAAAUCGCGGACUUUUCAUUGCAGAUCAAAAACUGAAGAAGAACCAAGCAACCCACACUCGGCAAAACCCUGGAGGAACCAGGUAUGGAUAUGAAUGUGCAGAAGAAAGGGAUUAUUACCCCUACUGGCAUCCAUCUCCAUGGAAGGAUAUUGCAGUUUUGACCAACAAUGCAAGUCGUUGUCUAUACUAUCAACAGGAGAGUCAGAACAACAAGUCAAAAUGGGCCUGCACCCUCAAUGAAAAUGACUUUGCUGCCCUAAGCAAAAACCUAAAAGUUGUUCUUCCCAAUAAUAAGGAAGAAUGUGAGAAAUUCUGCUUUCCUGAAAAAUCUACAAAUUGCAAAAAAGCCAUAUGGAAAGAAUUUCCAGCUCAUGGAUUGCCACCUCCUGAAUGUCGGGAAAAUGAAUACAGUGAAGAUAACUACUUAGGGAAUGGUCCCAGUGGUAAUGCUAUCCGUUAUAAUUGGACUCUCCCUGAAAUUCCAGGAGAUAAUUGUGUUUUUAGGAUCAGAUACAACAUUUCAACCAAUGACUUCUCUUGGGACACAGAUCACAAAUUUAAUGCUCCAAACCCAGGAACAGCAACCAAAAUUGACCUCUCUCAGGAAUAUUUCCUGAACAACACAGCAAAAAUCCGAGUUUCUUUCUCCCACCCUUUCUCUCUCUCUCUCCCUAAUGCUCAUUUUAACUCACCUCUCUCUCUCUCUCUCUCUCUUUUUCAUAGCUUUCUCUUUCUUCCUCUUAUUUUUCAAUUUCAGUUUUUCUUUCUUAUUUAUUUCUUCCUUUCUUUUUUGUCUUUCACUUUAUUCUUUAUUUCCUUUCUUUCUCUGUCGCUCACUUUCUUCUUUGUACUUCUUUUUCUUUUUUCUUUUCUUCCUUUUCUUUUCUUUCUCUGUCCCUCACUUUCUUCUUUGUACUUCUUUUUCUUUUUUCUUUUCUUCCUUUUCUUUUCUUUCUCUGUCCCUCACUUUCUUCUUUGUACUUCUUUUUCUUUUUUCUUCUCUUCCUUUUCUUUUCUUUCUCUGUCCCUCACUUUCUUCUUUGUACUUCUUUUUCUUUUUUCUUUUCUUCCUUUUCUUUUCUUUCUCUGUCCCUCACUUUUUUCUUUGUAUUUCUUUUUCUUUUCUUUCCUCUUUCUUUCUUUUAUUUCUUUCUUAUUCAUUCCUUUCUUUUUUCUCUGCCUCCUACUUUUUGUCUCCUUUCCUUUCUUUCUUUCCCCUAUCUAG